GCUCCAGUGGAGGAAAUGAUUGUUCAGGGAUCUAGCUCCUGGUUGAUUACGGAAACUGACCCUUCAUAGAGUGUGAGCUUACUGAGAACAGGAAAGUUUUUUUGUCUUGAAGGGCUUUAAAUUUGGAACAAAAAAUAAAAAUGACGACUUCAUCUAUCAGACGGCAGAUGAAGAACAUUGUGAAUAAUUACUCAGAGGCUGAAAUAAAAGUCCGGGAAGCCACCUCCAAUGACCCAUGGGGCCCAUCCAGCUCCCUGAUGACGGAGAUUGCAGACCUGACCUACAAUGUGGUGGCCUUCUCAGAGAUCAUGAGUAUGGUAUGGAAACGGCUUAACGACCAUGGCAAGAACUGGCGGCACGUGUAUAAGGCACUCACACUACUGGACUACCUAAUCAAGACAGGCUCUGAGCGGGUGGCCCAGCAGUGCCGUGAGAACAUUUUUGCCAUCCAGACACUGAAGGACUUCCAGUACAUUGACCGUGAUGGCAAGGAUCAGGGCAUCAAUGUGCGUGAGAAGUCCAAGCAGCUGGUGGCCCUGCUUAAGGAUGAGGAGCGGCUGAAGGCCGAGAGAGCUCAGGCUCUCAAAACCAAAGAGCGUAUGGCCCAGGUUGCCACAGGCAUGGGCAGCAACCAGAUCACUUUUGGCCGUGGCUCCAGCCAGCCCAACCUCUCUACCAGCUACUCAGAGCAGGAGUAUGGCAAGGCUGGGGGCUCGCCAGCUUCCUACCAUGGCUCACCUGAGACCUCUCUGUGCCCCCAGCACCGCGCAGGCGUUUCACUGGGUCAGAGUGAGGAGCUGCAGCCGCUGAGCCAGCGCCAUCCCUUCCUGCCGCAUCUGGGGCUGGCCACCCACCCACAUGGGGACUGGUCCCAGCCCUGCCUCACUUGUGACCGUGCAGCCCGAGCCACCUCCCCACGGGUGUCCUCUGAGCUGGAGCAGGCUCGGCCCCAGACCAGUGGAGAAGAGGAGCUGCAGCUGCAGCUGGCACUGGCCAUGAGCAGAGAAGUGGCUGAGCAGGAAGAACGCCUCAGGCGGGGGGAUGACCUCAGAUUACAGAUGGCCCUUGAGGAAAGCCGAAGAGACACAGUUAAAGUUCCGAAAAAGAAAGAGCACGGUUCGCACCCACAGCAAACCACUCUGUUGGAUUUAAUGGAUGCUCUCCCCGGUUCGGGCCCUGUAGCCCAGAAAGCAGAGCCCUGGGGCCCAGCGCCCACAGCUAGCCAGAGCAACCCAUGGGGUGGGCCAGCAGCCCCAGCAAGCACCUCGGACCCCUGGCCAUCAUUUGGUACCAAGCCAGUGGCAUCUGUUGAUCCAUGGGGAAUGGCCACUGGAGCCAGCAUGCACUCCAUCCCCAAGGGCUCAGACCCCUGGGCUGCUCCGCAGCAGCCAGCCUCAACUGCUGGGACAAGAACCUCUGAUGCCUGGGGUGCAGCCUCUGCCGCUAAGCCUGUGUCCUCCUCUGGGUCCUUUGAUCUCUUCAAUAAUCUGAAUGGUACAAUUAAAGAUGACUUUUCUGAAUUUGACAAUCUCCGAACUUCAAAAAAAACAGCUGAGUCUGUGGCUGCUCUGCAGUCCCAAAACAAUGGAACCACAAGCCCUGACCCCUUCGACUCUCAGCCCCUGACUGUUGCCUCCAGCAAGCCCAGCAGUGCUCGGAAAACUCCUGAGUCUUUCCUGGGCCCCAACGCGGCCCUGGUAAACCUGGAUUCGCUGGUGACCAAGCCUGCCCUGCCAGCCCAGUCCCUCAAUCCCUUCCUGGCCCCAGGUCCAGCUACAGCCUCAGCCCCCAUCAACCCCUUCCAGGUGAACCAGCCCCAGCCAUUGACACUGAACCAGCUGCGAGGGAGCCCAGUCCCAGGGGCCAGCACGUCCUUCAGUCCCAGCCCAGCUGUGGAGCCCCUGGCGACAACUUCCGUGGCUUCCAUGGCCCCACAUCCAGGUCUGGGUGGCAGUGGCUCCUCGUUGACACCACUGGGUCCUGCAGUAAUGAACAUGGUGGGCAGCGCAGGUGUCUCCCCAUCUGCAGCUCCGGCCUCUGGCACAACUAACCCUUUCCUCCUCUAG